AUGUCCAUCCCUGGCCCAUCCAAAUCCGCAGCUGUCUUUGCGAAUAUUCUCAACCUUGUCCUGGCCCUGACUCAAAUCGGCAUUCUCGUCGUGCUCGCCCUCAUAUUCAAGGAGCUGAAGAAGAUUAUCACGGGCAACAACAGCAUCAAUGUAAACACGUAUACGAAUGGUGGCUAUUCUUCGGAUCCGUGGUAUGUGAAAGUUGUGGAGUAG